CGUCAUACUCGCGCCACUUCUCGUACUGAGACUGGGGGAGAACAGCGAGUCGCAGCCGCACUAACACCGGUCACCAAAAUCAACAAUUCACUCCAAAACACCCCCGGUUGUGUAGCGGAUUAUUCGGAGACAAGUCGUCGCAACUUCUGAACAGCAGCUGCAGUCAUGGCUCGUAAAGACUACGCCGCAGAGAAAGAAAAAUGCAAGCGUUUUUUGCAAGAGUUUUAUUCGGAAGAUGACAAUGGAAAGAAAGUCUUCAAAUAUGGAGCGCAGUUGGUGGCCCUGGCUCACAGAGAGCAGGUCACUUUCUUUGUGGAGUUGGAUGACGUGGCAGAAGAAGAUCCCGAGCUGGUGGAGAGCGUCUGUGAGAACGCCAAACGCUACACCAGCCUCUUUGCUGAUGCCGUCCACGAGCUGCUGCCUGAAUACAAAGAACGAGAGGUCGUGGCCAAGGACUCUUUGGACGUGUAUAUUGAGCACAGGCUGAUGUUGGAGCAGAGAGCACGUGACCCCGCAGACACACGAGACGCUCGCAACAAUUACCCUCCAGAACUCAUGAGGAGAUUCGAGCUCUACUUCAAACCUCCCGGCACCUCCAAACCCAAGGUGGUGCGUGACGUCCGCGCCGACAACAUCGGGCAGCUGGUGACCGUGAGAGGGAUUGUGACCCGGGCUACUGAAGUCAAGCCCAUGAUGGCUGUCGCAACGUACACGUGCGACCAGUGUGGUGCUGAGACCUAUCAGCCGAUUCAGUCUCCCACCUUCAUGCCGCUGGUCAUGUGUCCCAGUCAAGAGUGCGUCACCAACAAAUCAGGAGGUCGUCUCUACCUGCAGACCAGGGGCUCCAAGUUUGUCAAGUUCCAGGAGCUUCGCAUUCAGGAGCAUAGCGACCAAGUUCCUGUGGGGAACAUUCCAAGGAGCAUGUGCGUUUACGCCCGUGGUGAGAACACCCGUCUUGCUCAACCAGGAGACCAUGUGGCCAUUUCCGGAGUCUUCCUCCCUCUGCUGCGCUCCGGCUUCAACCAGACUGUUCAGGGCCUGUUGUCGGAAACGUAUAUGGAAGCUCAUAACAUCGUCCUCAUGAACAAGACCGAGGAUGACGAGCUGGGCAAUGAGGAGCUGACGGACGAGGAGCUGCGCAGCAUCUCAGAUGAGGGCUUCUACGAGAAGCUGGCGGGAUCCAUCGCUCCUGAGAUCUAUGGGCAUGAAGAUGUGAAGAAGGCUCUGCUGCUGCUGCUGGUGGGUGGUGUGGAACAAGCCCCCAAAGGCAUGAAGAUCAGAGGCAACAUUAACAUUUGUCUGAUGGGCGACCCCGGAGUGGCAAAGUCCCAGCUGCUGUCCUACAUCGACCGACUGGCGCCUCGAAGCCAGUACACCACCGGCCGCGGCUCCUCAGGCGUGGGUCUGACGGCAGCGGUGAUGAAGGACCCAGUCACAGGAGAGAUGACCCUGGAGGGCGGGGCCUUGGUCCUGGCUGACCUCGGCAUCUGCUGCAUCGACGAGUUUGACAAGAUGGCCGACGCCGACCGCACGGCCAUCCAUGAGGUGAUGGAGCAGCAGACCAUCUCCAUCGCCAAGGCCGGGAUCAUGACCUCGCUCAACGCUCGCUGCUCCAUCCUGGCAGCCGCCAACCCCGCCUACGGUCGCUACAAUCCAAAGAAGACCAUCGAGCAGAACAUCCAGCUGCCGGCCGCCCUGUUGUCCAGGUUCGACCUGCUGUGGCUGAUCCAGGACAAGCCAGAUGCUGACGCCGACCUGCGGCUGGCCCAGCACAUCACCUACGUCCACCAGCACCUGCGCCAGCCGCCCACCCACUUCACCCCCAUAGACAUGAAGCUGAUGAGGCGUUACAUCGCUCUGUGCAAGAAGAAGAAUCCGGUGGUUCCUGAGGCGCUGGCCGAUUACAUCACCGCUGCUUAUGUGGAGAUGAGGAAAGAGGCCAGAGUCAGCAAGGACACGACCUUCACCUCGGCUCGAACCCUUCUGUCCAUCCUCCGCCUGUCCACGGCCCUGGCCCGCCUCCGCAUGAUGGACUCUGUGGAGAAGGAAGACGUCAACGAGGCCAUGAGACUGAUGGAGAUGUCCAAGGACUCGCUUCAAGCCGACAAGUCCAGCGGCGCACGGACUCAGCGGCCGUCUGACGUCAUCUUCUCUCUGGUGCGUGAGCUGUCCUCAGAAGGCCGAGGUGGAGCCGGAGGUUUGGUCCGCAUGUCUGAGGCGGAGCAGCGCUGCGUGUCUCGCGGCUUCACCCCGGCACAGUUCCAGGAGGCGCUGGAGGAGUACGAGGAGCUCAACGUCUGGCAGAUCAACCAAGCUCGCACCCGCAUCACCUUCGUCUGAGACGGCUGUUUUGUUGCUCCGGGACUCUUGAGCAGUUGGAGAUUUGUUGCUAAAGCUUUUAUUGUCAAAACCCCUCUUCCAUGUUCUUGUAAAUACAUCAGAUAAUGCACCGUCACCUGCUUUGUCUUCCUGUACAUUUUUAUAAAUUGUUGAGCAAGUUCUGCUGAGCUCAGUGUGAGCUGUUGAAUUCUCGUUCUAAUAAA